AAUGGAUUGUGCUGCUCCCCAGCUUCCUGUGGUAGAGGCCUCAUCCUGUCCUUCUGUUUCUUCUUCUUCAUCUUUCUUGUCUGUGUUACCAUAGCUCUGACUGGAUACUGGAGGAAUCACCAGGUCAUACUGACUAGGCUCAUUCACGACAUCUUAAGAUAUGAGGACAAAAUACUUUAUCCUAAUUGGUUUGGCUGGUUUUGUGAUAGCGUUGAUGCUGUUCGUGUUUUUUGGCCAUGGACAGGCAGAGCAGGCAACAGAUGGCACACAGACAGCAGAGUUGGGGACAGAUAUGCAGGGACAGACUGGCAGAGACAGGGAGUCUCAGAAGCCUUUCCCACUGGACAUGGCCCCUACAUCUAUUGAUGAUCAAUACGUUAGCUGCAGUAACAACAUGCACAAUGAGGUGAACACAGUCUACCUCCCACGUGAGAAGAAUACCAAUUCAGACUUCAAUAAUGCCUGGAACGAAGCAAGAGAAAAUGCCAAACCAUCUAUCCAUGGUCUGCAAAAAGUACAUUCCAUGGCUAUAUAUGUGUACACAAAUGCUGAGCCCGAGAUCUACCCGGACUUCAACAGACAAGUUAGAGAUGGUAGAUCUAAUUAUGGGACAACAUCAUUCCAAUACCAUUCCCUACACUUCUAUCUAACUGAGGCCAUUCAAAUGCUCAAACGAAAUCAAACAACAUGUAAGACCACCUACCGUAGAACCAAAGUGUAUUUUGAUAAGGAUGUUGUCAACAAAAAGGUUCGUUUCGGCACCUUCACCUCGAGCACUCUAGGCAGGGAAAUAGGAAGAGAUUCAUUUGGAGAGACGUCCUGCUUUGAGAUCACCACAUGUUUUGGAGCUGACAUAUCAUAUUACUCUGUAUUUACUGGAGAGAGAGAAGUCUUAAUUCCUCCCUAUGAGGUAUUCACAGUGACCAACAUCCAGACGAAGUCACCAGAGAAUAACCUGUGGUGUGAGGUCAUCUACACAUUAGUGAGCGCUGGAGAUCAGAGUGACUUAAAGUGCAAGUUGCAAAAUGGAGCAAAAUCAAACAUGAGAAGCAGCUUUUCUGCAUUCAACCGCACAUCAGGAAAAGGCUACAUAACUCUCUAUAUUAUGUUGAUAAUUACUGUAUAUCACUGAUCAUUCCCCCACCAAUGUACAAAUAAGUAAUAUGUAAAAAGAAUGAAAGGUAACAUUCCUUCUUUCAGUUGUAAUGAUUCUGUUAAAAACUGUUUAACCUGCAUUGCUUGCUCAGAUUAAGAUCAAGUUGUUUUUAUCGAUACUGUAUAGUAAUUUGCUGACAUUGAAUCGAAUUGUAAUUUUGGAUUUGUUGACAUUUGUUAGCAUGUACACUGUGUUUGUUUAUAUUCACCAUUGUGUUACUGAUUCCCUCCAUCAAUAUUGUGUUUAUAUCCACCAUUAUGUUACUGAUUCCUUCCACCCCAUCAAUAUUGUGUUUAUAUCCACCAUUAUGUUACUGAUUCCUUCCAGCCCAUCAAUAUUGUGUUUAUAUUCAACAUUCUGUUACUGAUUCCCCCUCCAUCAAUAUUGUGUUUAUAUUCACCAUUAUGUUACUGAUUCCUUCCACCCCAUUAAUAUACAAUGAUGGGUGGGAGGGAUAAAAAAAGAAAAAGUUGACAUUUAAUCUAAUCUGUAAUUUGUUAUUUGUUGACAUUCGUUACCAUCUUUCUUUCCAUUGUAAUGAUACUGUGUAAAACAUUUUAACGUGUAAUGGUUACUGUUGUCCUCUUGACAUUGUAUGGCCAUUUGUUGAUAUAAUUGAUUGGUAAGUUCUGAUUGGUUAUCAUGUGCACUGGAACUUGUGUUAAAACCAAUAAAGAAAAGUGUUGAGCAUUAUUACUGUCACGCCUACUCCUGCUCCCUCCCUCUGGCGCAAGACGUCACCAGUCUACUAAGCACCGGUCCUGGCGAACUCACAUAGUACACACC